AUGGGGUUACCCGUGGAUGGACCGUCAAUAGGCUGGCCAGAGACUGAACAGGCUGCACCAAAUAUUCAGCGAUGGGCAACUGAGCGGCAUCGUAAUGACAAUAUCGCUUCGUGGGGUGAUGAGAUCGAAUACAACCUAGUUGAUUUGAACUCAAGUUCUGAGCGGGCGACAUUGCUACUAGAUCAGGAGAAGGUAAUCCGCCAAUGGCAAGAAAGUCCGGCCAGCAAAGAAGAACCGAUUGUUCUCCAAUGGGAAUGGGCCAAGUAUGUGGUUGAGACAACUCCCGCAAAACCAUACACGGGGAGCAUCGAGGAUCUCCUGAGCGUCCAGCAAAAUAUGAAGAGAAGACGACAAGUCAUCAAUCGCAUACUUUCACCAAACCAGCAUACCAUGUCACUAUCCUUCUUUCCUCGGGCUGGAGUGGAUGGUCAAUGGACAACUCCCCAAGGUCGAACCCAGACAAAUCACUCCGUAUGCUCUCUUCCGCGAUAUAGAAUCGUCCCAGAGAAUAUCCUCAGCCGAAGACACAGUAACAAGAAAACACAUUACCCAAUCUAUCAAGACACCGAGACAUCGAAUUCAUUCCACGAUAUCUUACCCUCAGGAGAGAAAGUCAGAAACCACCUCUGCUUAGAUGACCUUGAGACCGGAAUCGGCUGCUGCAGCCUCCAAACAACCUUCCAAGCACAAAAUGAAUCAGAAGCCCGUUGGCUACACGACCAGCUAAUACCUCUCGCGCCAAUAUUCCUCGCUAUGACCGCCGCAGUCCCAAUCUGGAAGGGAUACCUCGUUGACACGGAUAUCCGGUGGCAGCGAUUUGGAGAUUUAGUAGACGACCGUCGACCAGAAGAGAUGGAAACUAUCCCCCCACGCUGGACCUGGAACCGCACAUACCUCUCCGAAGAAAAGCCCCCGGGUCUCGAGAGCGAUUCACCACUGCAACCAAUGAAUCAAGAAAUCAAACAACGUUUGCUGGACGGCGUCAUGGACGAUUCCCUAGCAACACACUUCGCCUCCAUCCUCUCGCGCGACCCGCUCGUGCUAACAGAAGAAGACACAAACAACCUCAAUGCCUCAAACACGAAACUGUUCGAGCUCCUCCAAAGCUUUGUCUGGCACGCAGUCCGCUUUAAGCUCCCAAUUACAGACACAGGCCCAGGGUGGUGUGUUGAGUUCCGCACAAUGGAGUCCCAGCUCACGGAUAAGGCGAAUGCGGCGUUUGCCAUCUUCGCAUAUCUGCUCUCCAGAGCUAUAGUCACUAUGCAUCUGAAUUUCUAUAUCCCCAUUGACAAGGUUGGCGAGUCGAUGGGUUUUGCAAAGGAGCGGAAAGCUGUUUGUGGCGGGAAGAUGUGGUUCCGGAGGCUUGGAUGGUUGGGGUGUUCGAACUUGGUUGAGGGACAAAUAUCGCUGUGUAAGGAUAAGGCCCCUGAUCUGUUGGGUGAGGAGAAGGAGGGGAAUGGGAACAAGAAAGAGGAAAUUGCGCUUAUGUCUGCUGAUGAGAUCUUCAAUGGGGAGUCUGAUCCAAAUGGGUUCCCUGGGUUGGUUGCUAUUGUGCGGUACUACCUGAAUCAGAGCAAGAUGGCGGCGACAGAGCAGGAGAAGAUUGCUCCGUAUUUAGAGUUGAUUAGUGAUCGAGCCAGUGGUGAGAAUCCUACACCGGCGACUUGGAUGAGGGAGUUUGUGCGCUCGCAUGAGGAUUAUCAGCAGGAUAGUUAUGUUGGUGAAAGGGUUUGCUAUGAUAUGAUGAGAGAGAUUGUGCGGAUGAAUGAGAAUGGAGAAUGA